AUGGCUGCUCCUUACCUCAAUCGUCGCAUCUCAAAGUCGAACCCCCGUUGCCUCAGCUGGCUCUCAAUCGCCAUGACACGAGAAGCUCAACGCCCCCAUUACAACAACCCAGGCUACCUUCCCAACGGAGCUGUCGGUGGCCAUGCCGGCUUACCACCUGGAGCUGCUCCUCUACUUCCAAACAACGGCCGAGUCAUUCAAACAGGGGGAGUUAGAGUGCUUUGUGUGGCAGAUGUGCGAGGAAACCUGAGAUCUCUCAAUGAGCUGGCGAAACAAGCACGCGCAGAUCACAUAAUUCAUACUGGAGAUUUCGGCUUCUACGAUGAAACGUCCCUAGACCGUAUUGCAGAAAAAACUCUCAAGCACGUUGCCCAGUAUUCGCCACUCAUCUCAGAAUCUGUGAAGAAGUCUAUUGGCGCCCCAGGAGGUCCGGUCAAGCAACGAUUCCAACCCAGCGAACUCCCCCUCUCCGAGCUUCCACAGUUCCUGAACGGCAGCCUAAAGUUGGAUGUUCCAGUCUACACAGUUUGGGGAGCAUGCGAGGAUGUAAGGGUGUUGGAGAAGUUCCGAUCAGGAGAGUACAAGGUCGACAAGCUACAUAUUAUCGAUGAGGCACGCUCGAUGCUGUUGGAAGUUGGUGGCGUUAAGCUGCGUCUACUCGGUUUGGGUGGCGCGGUGGUAAUGCACAAACUUUUCGAUAAUGGCGAGGGCCGAACGACAAUUGCGGGAGGCCAAGGCACUAUGUGGACAACGUUGUUACAAAUGGGAGAAUUAGUGGAUACUGCAAACCGCGUUUACGACCCCACGGAAACCCGAAUCUUCAUCACGCAUGCGUCUCCGGCUCGCGAAGGAAUCCUGAAUCAGCUUUCAGUAACUCUAAAAGCCGAUUUCUCAAUUUCCGCUGGCCUGCAUUUCCGAUACGGCAGCUCGUACAACGAAUUCAGUGUGAACCCAACACUAGAUCAUUACCGCGGAAAGCUCGCUGCAUCUAAGGCUUCAUUCAACGAUGUGUGGGAGACUGUGAAGGGAGAAGUCCAACCAGCCAUCUCCCAAAACGAAGCUCAGCAGAACCUUCUUAACAAUGCUCUUGGCAUAGUGGAAAAGAUGCCUAGCACUGCUCUUGGCGGCAAUCCCUUUGGUGGGCCUGUUGGAGGAGCCAAUGCUGCUGGAGCUGGCCAGGUUGAUGAGAGUGCUUUCAAGAAUAUGUGGAAUUUUAAUUUGGCAGAUGCGGCAUUUGGCUGGCUGGUCUUGGAGGUUCAAGAUGGUAGAAUCGGCACUGAGAUGAGAGCCCAAGGGUUCAACUUCGCCCACCGAGGAGCCAAACAGCACCCACCCCACAUCAAUCAGGCAAACCAGCAGCAACCUGCCCAAGCUCCAUCAACUGGGACUGGGACUCCAGGCUCAAGCCACGCCCUUGUAGCUUCUGCCCCGACUGGUCCCGGCCAACGAUCUCCUGCUGGACAAACUGGUUCGCAAACCUUUAAUCAAGGCCAACAGCGUCCUCAACAAGCUCAACAGCAGCAGCCACGUGGCCCACCUUCGGCUGAGCGGGCUACUGGAUCACCUGCUCCUAAGCCAGCUACCCCACAGCCUCAGUCGAAUGUUGUUAAUCUUCCAGGACAAAAGGAGAACGAGAAGGCGGCAGCUGCGGCAAAUGGAACUUCGAAUGGCGCAGCUGAAGCCACAUCGCCUACGGCCAAGGCAGCUCCUGAGCCACCUAUCAUCGGUCUCUUUGUGAUGAACGUCACUUCCGAUGAUGCUGUGAAGGAGAUAUUCAAUGACGAAGACAAGGAAAAAAUCGUCAGAAUUGAUAAAUGGGGACAAUCCAACAAAGUGGUUGUUUUCAAGAACGCGGAAGAGAGAGAUGCGGUUCUGGCGAGACUACCAGACGAUGUCAAGUCUCGAUCUGGUGAGGACCGAAGCCGCCCAUUGGUAAAGGUUUUCCAACCCAGAGAGAACAAAUCGUUUGGCGCUAGCCGUGGCGGAGCUGGAAACUGGGGAAGCAGCAGAGGUGGAAAUAACACAAAUACCCCACAAGGCGGAUAUCGAAGCGGUGGCGGUGCUAGUGAUAGCGAAGGGGGACGUGGUGGACGGGGAGGUCGUGGAGGCUCGAGAGGAGGACGGGGUGGUGAGCGUGGCAGAGGCCGAGGAGGACGAGGCGGGUUCAACAAGAACGAAUCUUCGCCGGCACCAACUACCUCAGCCCCCGCUGCUGGCGACUCUUAA